AUUCGUUACAAGGAAGACUUUGAAAAGAAUAAGGGCAAGGGAUUCAGUGUGGUAGCUGAUACACCUGAACUUCAGAGAAUUAAGAAGACACAAGAUCAAAUCAGUAAUAUUAAAUAUCAUGAAGAGUUUGAGAAGAGCCGGAUGGGCAGUGUUUCCAUUGAUGCAGGAGAUGAACGUAGAGGUUCUGAAGAUAGUACCAAUUAUCGUCGAACUCCUUCAGAGAGCAUGCCCCCACAUCAACCCCCAGCCAGUAGCUCAGCAUAUCAACCUCAACGACAGCAGCAACAGCAGCAGCCUAAAUACGGUUACCAGGAGCCAGUGACUCCAGUCACUACCCAGCACUCGGCCCCUGCAGGUGCAGGUGGAAAGCGCUACCGUGCUGUCUAUGAUUAUAAUGCAGCAGAUGAAGAUGAGGUGUCCUUCCAGGAUGGUGACACAAUUAUCAACGUGCAGCAGAUCGAUGAUGGGUGGAUGUAUGGAACUGUUGAGCGCACAGGGGACACGGGCAUGCUUCCUGCCAAUUAUGUUGAAGCCAUCUGA